AUGGGUGUGGAGGCCUUUUGUGCUUAUACUUCCUCAUCUUCUUCUUCCUCCUCGUGCUUUUUGGCUCAGAAAAGGGACCAAUCUAGUUAUUCCAAUAAUAAUCUUCACGGUGUUCGAAAGCCGAUGGCGAAGCCAUGGAAGAAGCCGGCGAUUGCGCCACUGCCACCGACUCGGCCGAGGGUCUACAAAGUGGACCCACUUAACUUCCGGAAUUUGGUUCAGAAACUCACCGGUUUGGCUGAGCUUCGAUCUCCACGCCUCCAAAAGAUGGCGCCACCACCGCUUGAUAUCGCCCGCUGUCCAGUCUCGAACGUCGCCGUCGUGGAAGCCUCCACGCUUCAGCCUUUGCCUGUGAGGCUGGACGAGGCGGUGGACGGUGGGAGCUUUCUGGAGCUCAACUUGUCGCCCUUCAACAAAAAUUGGUGCUCUUUCCCUGCUUUGAGCCCCGAAAGUCUUGCCAUUUUGGAUGCAAUUUAG